AUGUUGGACCUGGAGUACGACGAGUUCGCGACGACGUCGAGCAGUAGACAUCACGGACAAAAGGUGAAGGAUUCGCGGGACGCGGAGGUGAGACGCGCGAUCGAGGGCGUCGAGGCGUCGCUCGCGCGAGCGUACUGCGUGAUCGAUCGGGGGGAUGACGUGUGUGAUCUCACGGCGCCGGCGGUGGUGAAGAGAAUACGUGAGAUGGAUCGAUUGGGGUUGACGUACGAGACGCCUAAAUAUUUGACGUACCCGGAGGACGCGCCGAGAGACGCGACGACGGCGAUGAUCGAACGCGACGAUGGCGCGGAGAUGGAUUUGAUCGAUGACGACGUCACAAAGUUGGCGUUGACGCUUCGCAGGGCGGAGACGAUGCCGCUGGUACUGUCGAAGAUGGAGCGCGCGUCCGGAGCGAUGACGGUGUCGACGAGACGUCCGCCGCCGCGACUGGCGCACGACGCUUCCAUAGGUGCCUUUCCAGAGGCACGCGUCGAGGACGACGUUAAAGACGCGUUAGUUGACGAAUUAGACGCGCGCGGAAACCUCAGCGAGAUCGCGUAUAGGGAUCUCGACGGCUUGGAUUAA